AUGAUCCGAGCCCUCUUUUUGGUAAUGCUCGCUGUAAGUAACGUUACUGUGCAUCACCCACUUAUCACUGCGUCAGAUCUCCAUGAAGCAAGCAAGCAGUAUCGAGUGGACUCGAGAGCAAAUAUUGUACAUGGUUUGUCUGUCCUGGAAAUCUGCCUAAUUAUAGCUAUGAAACACUUGAAUGAUGUUUAUGAAGGAGAACCCUUUAACUUCCAGAUGGUUUACAACGAAUUCCAGAAGUUCAUACAAAGGAAGGCACACUGCAUGUACAACUUUGAAAAGCCAGUUGUCAUGAAGGCAUUUGAACACUUAAUACAGCUGGAAUUAGUAAGGCCAAUAGAAAGACCAAAUAUACGUGCUCAGCGCGAGUACCUCCUGAUGAAGCUGCUAUUGGACAAUACUCAGAUCAUGGAUGCCUUGCAGGCGUACCCAAACUGCCCUGUGGAUGUGAAACAGUGGGCAGCCUCAUCGCUCAGCUGGCUGUAA